UGCACGCUAACUCGUUCGUGUUGUAGGAAAUGACGUAAUGAACUCUGUUCGUCUUACGAGUACAGUCGCACUUUUCACAGUGUUCUGUGAACCUGGUAUUGAGGAAGAGCAAGAGUGCAAGACUGAUGUAAGACUACCAUAACCUUAGUUAUAAACGAUUUUAGGUUAUGCGCUAUAUAACCCAAAGGCAGGGUUGAAGGCGCUUUGCUCCUUCCCAAAGGAGCAGAAACCAAAAAAAAAAAAAGAUUUUAGGUUAUAUAUCAAUAAAAGAGAAAUAAAUGGCAGAGACAGUGAUAAAGAAAAAGCGUGGAGUUUUAUGCAGGGAUGAGAUGGGAGAUAUACUAAUUGAUUCUGAUGGAUUUGUGCAAUGUAUGGGAGACUAUUUCAAAUAAAAUAUGACGAAAUUGAUUUUUCCACUAAUAUCCUCAACUUUGUUGUUGAUGACGCACAGAUCUUUAUAGAUUUAUUUAAAGAGAGAAUUGCAGAAAUAGAUGAAACGCAUGAAUUAGAAAAUGAAGACUGUAAUAAAAAUACAGCUACAGAUGUCACAAACUUUGAUUGGAACGACGCAUCAACAAAGUUAUUCUUAAAUAUAUACAAAUGUAAAAAAGAUCUUGUAAGUGCAAGAAAAAUUAAAACUUACAAACUGUUAUGGAGACAAAUAGCAGAAGAUAUGGGUCGUAAUGGUUACUCAGUUUCUCCUUUACAAGUAGAAAACAAAUUUAAAUCUCUGACUCGAUCAUAUAAGAAUAUGAUCAGUAACAAUAAGAAAACUGGUAGAGGAAGAGCAACAUGCAAAUUUGAAGCUGAAUUAACAGAUUUAUUCGCAAAAAAACAUAAUAUAACUCCACUUGCUUUAUCAGGAAGAAAUGGAUUAGUGCUCAGAGAAGAUCAGAAUUCCGAGAAAGAAAAUAAUGCUUUAUUAAACUACUCGGCGAACAAUAACAACGAGUCUGAAAAUGAUCUUGAUGAACCAAGCAGUGCAGCAGGAACUUCAACUAAUGCUUCAAACACAUUGGAGAAGGACAAAAAUCCACAAAAGAAAUCUCGAGCAAGCAGAGCAACCGAAAACGAUCUUGAUGAACCAAGCUGCAGUGUAGCAGGAACAGUUAUAGCUUCAAACACAUCGGAGAAGAACAAAAAUCCCCAAAAAAUGAAAUCUCGAGCAAGAAGAACAACAACCGAAAACUUAAAAGAAUGUUUGGUUGCUAUAGAGUCAUUUACUUCAGAAAUGAAGACUGAAAGAGAAAGUUUUCAUAAUAUGCAAGUACAAAUGCUUGAAGAAUACAAAAAUAUUAAAAAACUUCACGAAGACUAUAUAAAUAGUGCAACAGAGCGAUGGGCUGCAGCCAGUGCCCAACGAAAGGAAAGAAAUGAACUUCUAAAAGAAAUUUCUAAAAAUUGUUCCGACAAAGAAAUUUUUUUGUAAUUUUAUUUUUAUUUAAUCUACAUAAGUACAAUUACACAUGCUGUGCAAUUAACUUCAUAACAUUUUUAAAGUUUUUCAAUUUUAUUUUAACAAAUGGAUAAUAUUUUUUGUUUGUUUCUAAGAUAAGGCUCCUGGGUAUUCGCCGUUUCUAUUCUUGUUUGAUAACGUCAGAAGCGAGAGACACGUUGAGAAUUCUUGCAUGCAAUUUCCAAAUAAAACGAUAUUUCCAUAAAAUAACACUUCAGAUCACUUCAACACACUUCGAAAAUACUCCGAGGUCUACCCCUUUCCCAUGACAGUUAAUAAACAGCUGUAAAAAUCAUGCAUAAACCUGCAUGACUAGGCUUCGUAGCCUUCGUAUUACAUCUAUUUUACUGCAGCUGUUUAUUAACUAUCAAGGAAAAGGGAUAGAUCAUGGAGUAUUUUCGAAGUGUGCUGAAGUGAUUUAAAGUGUUAUUUUAUGCAAAUAUCUUUUUAUUUGAAAAUUGCACCCAAGAAUUCUUAACGUGUUAUUUCGCGCUUCUAAUGUUAUCAAACAAAAAAUAGAAGCAACAAGUCUUAAAAUUAUUAUUCUUUAUAAUUAUAAAAUAUAACUUAUAAAAUAAUUUUUAGUUCUAAAAUUAUAAUUUCUUAUUUUUUAGUUAUUACGUUUCUCGAGAUGUCCGAAAUAAAUCGUAUGGUGUCAUGCACUCUUGGGAACGUAACAUUGUAAUAAAUACAUAUAAAUAUAUAAUUCAUAUUAUUACUUGUGAUAAUUACUAAUAGUGUUUACGACUGGGCCAGUUAAAUUAAAUUAAUGUUCCUACAUAUCGUAACAUAAGUAUAAUUAUAAAGACUGUUACAAUAAAAAGU